AUGGCAUUGGCUCUACUCCCAAACUAUCAUUCCUGUCGAGAUUUCUACCGCCCUUUACCAACUGCCGCUGUCCUGCUUCCCGGCGUAGCGAUGAGGCAAGAAAACCAGACGCGGCCGUCUUUGCCUUCGAUUUCGAGUCUCAUAGAAGCAGUCACGGAGCAAACUGAGAAAGGAAAAGACCCUUCCCCUGUAUUCGACAUCCCGAGGAGGAUUUCCAGCAGCUCACAGGGACAUAACACAAGUCCAGGUCGAUUACAACUAUCUGGCAGUCCUCGAAACCGUCCCCCGCCGACGCCCGAACUCCCCCCAGCAUCCAGUUUUGAUUUCCCUCGCCCAUCGCCAACAAACGUCUCUCCCGGCGUUGUUCCAGGCCGGGGCAGCUAUUAUCACACCGGAUCUGCCAGUACAAAUCCAGAACUCUAUGCACAGCGGCCAGCGACUUAUCCUCCCAUCACUGAACAGGGUCCGGCCUAUCCUGCAAGCGUUGAUGCAACUCAGUGGUCAUCCGCGCAUCCUCUGCGACCUCAUCCAGAUGUGCUGCCGCAGGAUCAUCUUCCAAGAGCUCCGCCAGCGGCUUACGGCGAGCACCCAGCAGAGGCGCCUAUGUACAAUGGACUGCCCCAGCAACGUCCUCUACCUGCCAACUUCCCCGGGCCGGUAGGCGGACCUGGAUUGCCCCCGAUCGACCCUCAAAUGGCCCCAUGGCAACACCAUCACUACUAUCCUCCGGCAAAUGCACCGGCCUACCCUCAAACCCAAGAACGAUACAUAUGUCCUACUUGUAACAAACCGUUUUCCCGGCCCAGCUCCUUGAAAAUCCACACCUACUCCCAUACAGGAGAGAAGCCAUACAAAUGCAAGCAUGCCGGGUGCGGCAAAUACUUUAGCGUGAGAAGCAACAUGAAGAGACACGAAAAAGGAUGUCACGGCGGCGCAAGUUCGAGCAAUACAGGAAUCAGUCCAGGGACAACUUAA